AUGGCGGUGAAGCCCCGAAGGACACUCUCAAUGGCGGUGAAGCCCCCACGGACUCUCCCAGGGUCGGAAACACCCACAGGGAGACUCCCAGAGGUGACAGCGCCCUCAGGGACAUUCCCUAGGGCGGUCGCACCCCCAGGGACCCUCCCACGUUUAGGGGAUGCUCCCCCAAACCCUCACAGUGGCAGCGGCCCCCCUAGAGGCCUUCUCAGGGCCGGCAGGGCCUCCGGAGGUAGUGGAGCCCCCAGGGGCCCUCCUAGGGGCAGCGGCACCUCCAGGGACCCUCCUAAGAACAUUGGCGCCCCCAAGGACCCUCCUCGGGGCGUUGGCACCAUCAGGGAUACUUGCACGGACGCCGGCGUACCUUGGGGCCCUUUCAGGGGUGGUGGCGCCCUCAAGGGCCAUCUGUGGGGUGGUGGUGCCUCCAGGGAUCCACUCAGGGGUGGCGGCCCUCCCAAAAACGCCGGCGCACCCAGGGGACCUUCCCAGGGGUAG